AUGUCUCUACAUCAAACACCACGAAAACAAUCAACAGUUUCUUCAUCCUCCUCCAACAACAUUCACGUGGUGUUGCCAUUCAAUAUCUUGAUCAAUCCAUCAAUAAUCUAUGACAAUUCAAAUGUCAAUCGGUCAAACACACCAACCACAAAUCACAGUACUGGCAAUAGUAGUUUUCAUAACCAUAAAUUCAACGCCUCUCCUUCAUCCUCACCAUCAAUACAAAGUGUGAAUAGUGAUAAUUCCAGUAUUGAUAGCUCAUCAAAUUUUACUCAAAGUUCAACACGUAAAAUGACAACUGGCAUUUCGACAAUGGGAGAAAAACAAAUUGAAAUGCAAUUACAAUGGCUUCAUAUUAUGAAAGAAGAGUUUCUGAAAUAUAUUGAAAAGAAGUCAAAACUUUCGAAUGAAAUGGAAUUGAAAAUGCUUUUUCUCGAACAUUUCUAUGAUCCAAUAAGUGAUAAAGUUCAUGUAAAGAGUUUUAGGUCAAUUGAGGAUGUUUUACAGAGAUUAGACUUGUUUUGUUCGAAAGUUCUGAAAUGGUUAAUGCCUGAAGAUUGGAUAGAAGUUGAAAAGAUAAGAAAUGAGCAGAAAGAACAUUCAAUUGUGUUUUAUUUGAGACAAUUGGCGGGAAAACUGAAAACUAUCAAGUUAUUUCAACAUGAAUAUUUGAGAGAAUUUAUUGACGAACAAGCUAGAUAUGAAAUUGCAAAGGAAACCGAUGGAAACAAGACGAAUAUUUCGAGUGUUGCAUCAGAAGAGGAAAUUACUGUUGUAAUUAAUGUUUCUCCAAAAAAUUCUACAACAGAUGCGCCUUCAGAUCAGGAAACUAAUAAGGAAAUUACUGAAGAUCCAUUCAAAUUUUUACUGGAACAGAUCAAAUUGAUUUGUUCCAUGUUUUCAAUAGAAUUGGGAGAUUGGUUCAAUUUUUUCGAAUUUAAAAAGAGAAAAAAGUUUAAGAAAUGGUUUGAAACUGGAUUAAAGGAUCAAUGCAUUCCAAAAUAUGUUUUGGAAAUUUACAAAAGAAAAAAGGAAUCUGCAGAAAAGGCAAACAAGGAAUUCAUGUUCAAGAAUGAAGAUUUAAAUCAAAAGUACAUUAUUGAAUCGGAUUGGUAUUAUACUCAUUGGAUUUCCAAGCAACAUACAGAUGAUUGGUAUGUUACCUAUUCAGACAUGCCAAAUGUAGUGCAAUGGAAUUCAGACAUUGAUCGUUCAGUAGAAAAACUAGGAUUGAAAAAUACCAAAAUCAUUGGCUAUGCAAAUUAUCCAGUUUCUCAAGUUGUGAAAUCAAACUCUAACGAUGAGCAUUUGAGAUAUCUAUUUGGAGAUGUCAACUGGUACAGUUUCACACCAAUUAAUAUGGCACAUUCCAUACAGAAAUAUCCACACGCUUUAAUGGUUACCACUUUCAAGUUUGGUCCAUUGUUUGCAGCACGCGAAAUUCAAAAUGUCUUUUCUGCAAAGUCAUCAUUUUUGGGUAGUAGAAUGACUGAGAGUUCAAUUAUAUUCAAAUCAAGCGAUUAUUUCAAUAAUAAGGAAACGAAAGAUUUAAUUAAGGUUCCAUUCAUUGGUGGCAGAAUUUUCAAUAUGGUCGACAAGAAUCGAACCAGAUAUAUUGAAAUCAGAACACUCAACAUUGGUGGAUUGUUGGGAACAAAGAUUCUCUAUUCGAAUCCACUCACCUCCAAGAAAUUAUGCCUGCAGAAUUAUCAUGGCAUUCUGAAGGCAGUGAAGGAUAAUGAGGCAAGGGGACAUAAACUCCCAUCUCCAGACGAAAAUUAUUUGGCCAGAUUGUUUAAUAAUUAUUGUACCGUUUAUUGUAAAUUUGAUUUGAGUAAGGACGCAAUUUUGUAA